CUUAGUGCCAAUUCAUGCGGGUACUGGUACACAAAACUGCAGCGGCAAAAACGUCCAAAAACACCGCAAAAGAACCCCCCAGUUUACAGCUUUGACUGUAUGUUUGAGCAACGGCUUGCUAAGUUAGCUCGUUUCAAGAAGGACCUUGCUGCCAAAAAAGAGGAAUUUUUCGUCCAGAAGGAGAAAGAAUUAAAAGAAUUAGUCGAGAAAUUGACGGAGUUGGGGUUGGAAAGAAAAGAUGCCGAAGACAAACUACAGGGACUAUUUGACAUCAUUGUUGAAGAACGUCGGGUUGAGGCUCUUGCACCAACUCAGGUUGACAAACUUCACUGGUAUGCUAAAGAACGAGUGCUACGCGAGCAUGUAAUAAACUCCAUUUUGGAACGGGAAGCGCAGCACUUGCGCUCAAGGAGGAAAUGA